AUGCGGAUCCGCAGGUCCGCCUCCCGCCUGCUGGGCGGCGCAGCCGCUGCCUUCGCCCCCGCCCCGGCCCCCUCUGACCGGCCUCGAUUCGAGCUGUUCCCGCCGCCGCCGUCGCCGCCGGCGACGGACCAAGCCCACGAAUCCGGCGCCGGGUUGGUGGCGCCCGAGGCCUCCUCCUGCGGGCAGCCUUGCUGCGAGCUCAGCAGGUCGCCGUGGGAACUCAUGGCCGAGCUCGACCUCUCGGACCCCGAGGUGGAGGAAUGCUUCGAGAAGACUUACUUCAGAACUACACGACGAGCUGGUUGGCUCUUCCCAUCCAGUAUCAGCAUGCCCAACGGCUCCAUCAAGGAGAAGACGACUGUAGAUAUGAUCGAUGGGGCCACCAACAUGGCUGCGAAAAUGAAGGAGGGGAAGAAGAAUGAGAGCAAGUCAAAGACGAAUAAGGGGAUCAAAGUGAAGAAGGGAGUGUGGACAUGCAAGAAGAGGGACGGCAAGAAGCCACAAAAGAAGAGGCCCGUCGUUGACAUGGGCGAAGCGUUCUACUACUACGACGGCUUUGGCCCAUCACGCAGCUCCAAGAGGCAUUGUAGAUCAAGCAGUGGUAGCAGUGUGCUGGAAGAACCUCCACUACCCAUUGAACAACAGAAAGAUGAGGCAUGCCCCCAAACACAAUUUGAUUUUAGUGCAAGCCAAGCUAAUGUCACCGACCAUCCGGCUGUGCCGACAUCAACACAUGUCGAGAAGCCUAGGCUCAAUUUGAGCAAUGCCAACAUUAUCAGCUACGAUAAGGAGAGCAGCAAUGACGACGCACUUGGUUGCAAUGGCAAACAAAUGUGCGACAUUAUGAUGAUGAACAACCCGUUCAAGAAGAGGUGGAGGAAGCCUGUUAAAGCCCGAUCGCUCAAGUCGCUAAUGUAA